UAUUCCUUCCGGGCGGAUCGUAUAGUCAAAAGCCACUUGUCCCCACUAUUCUCUUUCGUCCGUUUAGUGUUUGUGUGAUAUAGACGAUCGUUCGCAAGCAAAUGCAAAGAUGCUGGUGCUAGUGCUAGGUGACCUACACAUUCCCCACCGGUGCAGCAGUGUUCCGGCCAAGUUUAAGAAGCUGCUCGUACCGGGGCGCAUCCAUCACAUCCUCUGCACCGGGAACCUGUGCAGUAAGGAAUCGUACGACUAUCUCAAAACGCUCGCCAACGAUGUGCACAUUGUGCGCGGAGACUUUGACGAAAACACCAACUACCCGGAGCAGAAGGUAGUGACGGUCGGACAGUUCCGGAUCGGGCUGUCGCACGGCCACCAGGUAGUGCCGUGGGGUGACCCGGAAGCGCUCGCCCUCAUCCAGCGGCAGCUCGACGUGGACAUACUGAUCUCGGGCCACACGCACAAGUUCGAAGCGUACGAGCACGAGAACAAGUUCUACAUCAAUCCGGGUUCGGCGACCGGUUCCUACAAUCCGCUGGACACCGCCGUCAUUCCGUCCUUUGUGCUGAUGGACAUCCAGAGCACGACGGUCGUGACGUACGUGUACCAGCUGGUGGGCGACGACGUUAAGGUGGAACGGAUCGAGUAUAAGAAGAAUUGAAGAGGAAAACAAACCGCCAGCCAUUUCGAACACACGGCCGACCGUUCGGCAGAGUGCGACAAAAUAGGACGUUAAUCGAAUAACAACAAGAUGUGAAUUAAAAUAUGCAUAAAUAUAAUUGUAUUCGUGAAGGGAAAAACUACAACUAA